AUGUCGACUCCUUGUGAUGGAGAUUCCUCGGGCUUGAUGUCCUCGUCUCGCUCUUGGAGUCCCCAAUACUGCUGGCACAAAGGUUACGUCCGUGACGCUUCCCCUGCUCCUGCCACCUCCCUUGCCUCGUCGUCCUCCACCAUUAGACCGGACGUCGAUGACCGUCCUGAGUUUGUGGUACUAUUGAACGAGUCAGAGCCACUCCCAUUGACCGAGUUUAGUAAAUUAGCCAAGGACAGCAACAGCGCAAAGUGCUUGGGGACUUAUAUCAAGGCAAGGGAAGGGAAACUGGUUGCCUCCAACAACAAUGGCAACCCCGUAUGCGUCGUGAGCGGAUUGCGAGAAGGCGGUGAAGCGCAGGUGGCUCAGGAUUUGUGGGAAAGUCUAGAUCGCCGCUUAAGCUGGGUCGUGGUGGCGGAAGACUCUCUGUGGAUUGUGGAAUUCGCAGCGGGUAUGGUGCACGAUGGUGUGGCACAAAGCAUCAACACACAACCGGAAAAUCGAAUCGAUGAACUUGGUCUCCGCAUUUUUGCCUUUGUGGGUGCUUCACUUGUCGAAAUAGACCACGCAGACUUUGAUCAAGACAUGGCCCCAGAUGGUCAUGUCAGGUUGGCCCGCGGGCCAGGACAAAUCAUCGGGCAUGCUCGGCUCUUUGUGGAGGUGGGAGACAGCCAAUUAUUGGGCAAUGGCAGCGAUCCCAAAACUUUGUUGGGGAGAACGGCCCAGUGGCUCACCUGCGGGAUUGCCGAAAAUAUCUGUGUUCUCAUUGUGAAGCUCUAUGGCGACGUUGAAGAGGAUCCGUCCUCCGAUGGCAUGACGAUGGCCUUGAUCAAUCGAGAAGGCGUGCAAUGGAUUCGCUCGUGGGGGGACACGUCGAAAGAUGACACUGUGAGCGUUUUCCGUCAAUAUGCGAGGACUUCUGGGUGGCGCAACACGGCGGCACAGCAACCCCAGCCGUCAAGACGGCGGAUGGUUCUCAUUGCCACAUUUCGAUGA